UGAAAGAACUAAUAAAUGCUCCCGAGCCCGGCUCCCCGCACUCGGUGUCACGACGGGAGGAGACUCAGGCCGGCCGCGCUCCCGCCCCCACCCCCCCCUCCCCGGCUGGUCGCGGCGCUCCGAGCCCCCUCCCCAGCGCUCCCAGCCGCAGGGCCGCUCGCCCAGACUCGCACCAAACUUUCCCGCCCUGGGCUCGGGAUCUUGGACUCUGGGGCCUCCCUGCUCGCCCCUUUCCCCGGUUCUACCUCGAGCCUCUCUUUGGACUAGGAGAGAUCAGCCCCCCACCUCGUGUCCCCCCUCUUUCUCCAGCGUUUUUGGAGAGGGGCUCGCCACGCUCGGGGGAGUUGCCGAGGGUCACCAGCGCCUCUCUCGUCUUUCUGUUUCGCCUUCACCUGGAUAUAAUUUCCAAGCGGAGCUGCCCCCAGGAUGACCACACUGGCCGGAGCUGUGCCCAGGAUGAUGCGUCCGGGCCCAGGGCAGAACUACCCGCGCAGCGGGUUCCCCCUGGAAGUGUCCACUCCUCUCGGCCAGGGCCGGGUCAACCAGCUUGGCGGUGUAUUUAUCAAUGGCAGGCCGCUACCCAACCACAUCCGUCACAAGAUCGUGGAGAUGGCCCACCACGGCAUCCGGCCCUGCGUCAUCUCCCGCCAGCUGCGCGUGUCCCACGGCUGUGUCUCUAAGAUCCUGUGCAGGUAUCAGGAGACGGGCUCCAUCCGUCCUGGCGCCAUUGGCGGUAGCAAGCCCAAGCAGGUGACAACGCCUGACGUGGAGAAGAAAAUUGAGGAGUACAAAAGAGAGAACCCGGGCAUGUUCAGCUGGGAAAUUCGAGACAAAUUACUCAAGGAUGCGGUCUGUGAUCGAAACACUGUACCCUCAGUGAGUUCCAUAAGCCGCAUCCUAAGGAGUAAAUUCGGGAAAGGCGAAGAGGAGGAGGCCGACCUGGAAAGGAAGGAGGCGGAGGAGAGUGAGAAGAAAGCGAAACACAGCAUCGACGGUAUCCUGAGCGAACGAGCCUCCGCACCGCAAUCAGAUGAAGGCUCUGACAUCGACUCUGAACCAGAUUUACCGCUCAAGAGGAAACAGCGCAGGAGCAGAACCACCUUCACAGCAGAGCAGCUUGAAGAACUGGAACGGGCUUUUGAGAGAACUCACUAUCCUGAUAUUUACACCAGGGAGGAACUGGCCCAGAGGGCAAAGCUCACUGAGGCCCGAGUACAGGUCUGGUUUAGCAACCGCCGUGCAAGAUGGAGGAAGCAGGCUGGGGCCAACCAACUGAUGGCUUUCAACCAUCUCAUUCCGGGGGGAUUCCCUCCCACGGCCAUGCCGACUCUGCCAACGUACCAGCUGUCGGAGACCUCUUACCAGCCCACAGCUAUUCCACAAGCCGUGUCGGAUCCCAGCAGCACGGUCCACAGACCUCAGCCGCUUCCUCCGAGCACUGUACACCAAAGCACUAUUCCUUCCAACCCGGACAGCAGCUCUGCCUACUGCCUCCCCAGCACCAGGCAUGGAUUUUCCAGCUAUACAGACAGCUUUGUGCCUCCAUCCGGGCCCUCCAACCCCAUGAACCCCGCCAUUGGCAAUGGCCUUUCACCUCAGAAAAACAGAGAGACGCUCAGAAUGACACAAAUGAAAAGUGAAAAGACAAUUAUACUCAAUUACACACUAAUCACCGACUAUCACCGCUGCCUCAGCACCAAGAGGGCAUUCUAAUAGGCAGAAAAUGAGAUUUUAAUGGCACAAAGGGUGGCCAAAAUGACGACUCAUAUAUCUUUGCCUUCUUCGUUUUCUUCAACUUGUGGUUUGCGUCUUGGGAGUGGAGUUCCUGGGCUCUGCACAAGGGUGAUAACUCUGAGCAGCUGAAAAGUUCAAAGCCGUUGGAGUUGAAAAGAAUGAAUAGCAAAGGCAAUGAAAUAAACAUUUCUGCCUAAAGGCAAAAGUUCUUAAAUCCUUUUUUGUAACAGUAAAUGUAAUUAAGUUUCAUAGAUUCCUAUAGCACAUCCUGGGAUAAAAAAUAAGAGGUAGCUUUAAACCUCAGCUGAAAAAUAACAACAUGAAAACAAUGGAUGUGCUUCCUACAGGACUUUAAUACAUUUAAUUUCCAAGUGCUGGCAUUUGUGAAUGUGAUUUUGCAUGAAAGUCAUGGACUUACAUUAAUAGAUUCAUCUUUAAAUGCCUGGACUUAUAGCAUAGAAGCUUCUUCCACAGUUUAGAAGUAACUUCAGAAGUAGUUAUCUCUGCAGUUUUAAAUAUAAGUAGCUUUAGGCCAUAGAAAAGCUUUUUAUGAACAUGAUUUGGUUGAAAGUUUGCAUAAAAGUAAACUUCAACUUGAACCACUUCUGUCAGGUGAGACCUAGGAUUCUCUUGGCAUUUCAUAGUGUUCGAACAUAACAAAAAUGACACGAGUCUGUAUUCUCUAAGUGAAGCUGCUAGUUUCUUGUAUUAUACAUGUCUGCUCUUGUAUGUUAUAAUAAAUGUGUUAUACUGUGUUACAUAAGUGGAGGUACUAGCACUUGACCUUGAAACUGUUAAUCCUUGAUUUCAAGAAACCUGGGUGUGAUUCCAGAGUCGGCGGUAGGGUGGGAAUCAUUCCAACAUCAAGCAAUGGAAAAUUCCACAGGCAACUUCUCCUGUAUUUCUUUACUGUGCUCUUACACAUGUUAACUCCUUACUUAUUAAAUUGCAAAUAUUCAGGAUAUUUUGCAUAUACAUUUCCUCUUCAAACCACCACAAGGAACUCAUAUUGUCUUAGUUCUUGCAGCAUCACCCGUGAGUUAGAAAAGAAAUGAAUAAUGUGAAGUUUCUCCUAUUUCCUUAGGCAACGGUGGAGAAAAAAAGGCUGAGUGAAUCAAUAUCUUGCCAGACAUAUUUACAAAAAGGUGGAAUAGGAACAUUAGGAGAACUGGGAAUUAGAACUCAGAUUUCUAUAGCCUUUGAGAUUUACCAUUUCUCAGAAAUGCCUCUAUUUAAGCAAGGUGGGCGAGGUGUGCACUACCUUGUUUUUGAUUGGCUUUAUUAAAAAUACUGUAAAGAAACUGAAGGAAAGAGUCCACAUCUAACAGCUGGUUUACCUGCCGACUAAAGAAGAGGGUAAAGAAAGGGUGGUGAUGGCUUAAUCUUUUUGCUUGUUAUAGUAGAGAAGUGCUUAUGAAUAUAUUGGAUCAUAUAGUAUUAAAAAUGGAACUAAUGCUGCGACUGCCAUUUCUCCUCUUCUCCCGUGACUCUUCCUACUUCCUCUGUCUCUACCUGGAUGUCUAAUAUGCUGACAAAUCAGCUGAGGCUCAGAGAGCGUGUGGCUACAGCACUGACAGUGAGAGAACUGGGACUAGACAGAGGAUUCCCGGCUCCUCGUCUUGUUGAAUCUUAUUCAUGAUAGCACCCAGUUGGGUGAACAGGAGACAGGUUUCAUAAAAAAUAGAGGCAGGGGUCUUAUUCAUAUUUUAAAAUCAUUUUAUAGAAACCAGUUUUCUAAACUUUUGGAUUUGGGUUAACACUCUUUUUGCUAAUACACUCUUUACAUGCUUUUUUGCUUUAUACGUUUUUCUUAUCAAGCUUUUAACUUUCCCCAAUAAUUAAAAAGUACUUAAUGGUUAUUGUAGAAACUGGAAAAAAAUUUUCAAAAGGUAUAUCUAGAGUAGGAAAAAAAUUCCCUGGGGCAGCCACUGUUAAUCUUUUUUUUUUUUUUAAGCUCUUUAUUGGAGUAUAAUUGUUUUACACUGUUGUGCCGGUUUCUGCUGUACGACCAAGUGAAUCAGCUGUAUUCAUACAGACAUCCCCGUGUCCCCUCUCUCCCAAGACUCCCCACCCUCCCUAUCCCACGCCUCUAAAUCAUCGCCAAUUAUUGAGUUGAUCUCCCUGCCACUGUUAAUCUUUUUGCAAAUUGCCUUUCAGCUCUUUUUUGGUCUCAUGCAUUAAAAAAGAAAGAAAAAGUGAUAUAUAUAUAUAUAUAUAUAUAAAAUAGAGAUAGUAUGUAUGUACUAUGUUAUAAAAUAUGUAACUUUGCAUCUUACCUAUCCUCUGCCUUUGUACUUCAUCACAGGUGUCUACCUACCUAUUAAUUUAAGUUGAAUUGAAGUUAAAGCUUUCUGAGUCUUUAUGAUCAAUUCAUUGUUAAUCACUUUAGUGGACACUAUUUUAUUUGUGCAUUUUAUUUGAUGUUUUUCCUCGUGUCAUUGAAAUUGAUGUAUCGUUUGCCAUUUGGACUUGAAAAUCAUGAGUUGGGUUGUGUGUGAACUGUUGUAAUAUUGGCUUUCUAGUUUCUUGUCAAAGAAUUAAUAGACACCAUUAUGAUAAGCAAAUUGUUUCUCUGUUUGUAUGUGGGAUUUAGUUGAUUUUCCUUUGGAGUCUCUAACACAGUUGCUCCCUUGAGCAAAGAUUCUUUUAAAGCUUGGAAUCAGGGACUGCCCUGGUGAUCCAGUGGUCCAGUGGGUGAGACUCCAUGCUUCCACUGCAGGGGACAUGGGUUCAAUCCCUGGUGGGGGAACUAAGAUCCCUCAUACCAUGAGGCCUUUAAAAAAAAAAAAAAAAGCUUGGAAUCAGAGCCAUUAGUCAAAUAGUAUUUCUUAGAUUCCUUCUUGCUUUUCUCAGAGAAAUUCUCAGCCUCGGGAGGGCUGGGUAUGAAGCAGUGACUCAGGAAAAGGUUACACUGUCCAAAGUGGUCCGAUUAGAGUAGCAAUAGACUGACAUGCAUCUGUGACAUUCUAAAUCUCAUAAUUCUGCUGAAAACUUUUAGAAACUUUGGUCGUAUCCUUCCUCAAGUUGCUAAAAGUAUCUGUGCGUUACUGAAUCGUUGGCAAGUAUAUCUUGUUCCGAGGGAAUCCAUGACUGCAUCUGGGGAAUAUUCCCAUUUUACUUAUGCAAAAGCUGAGGCCAGUGCAACACAGUUAGAGUCCCUGGCAGAGUUAAAAGCCAAGUCUAUCUCUCUUCCAGUUGUUACUAGUUCUUUAAUAAACCAAAUUACACAUUUCACUUGCUGAAGAAGCAUAAUGGCGAAGAAAGUUUUCCAUGGGGUCCAGCACUGACAUUCAACUUGAUUUUCCUGCAGGAAUGGUCGAAACCCUUCAGAGAUGGAGGGCUCGGCUUCACACUCCUUCUAAAGCUGGAUUUGUCAAGGAACUUGAGAUUCUCAGUGAUGGGUGGGUUGGGAAUAGGCUAAUUCCCUUGAAAUUUUCUACUAUCUCUGAAUCUCUAGGAUCAUUUGAACUAUAUAACCCUUUUAGGAGAUGAGGCUUUUAUAGCGAAUGCCAAAACACCAUCCGAGAAGAAAACCUUUCAACUCCCUCUACCCUGCAGUAGUGCCCUCUUUUGAAAAGUUGUGUUUUCUUGAUGUGGGGACACCACAGAAAGAACACAGGGAAAUAGAGACCAUGUAUUUCCCCUCCAAACCCAGCUGGUAUGUUCCCAGCACCUUUCUGCAUGUGCAGGAGAGAAAAAGGAAUGCUGACUUGGAGUACGGAGUGCCAAGGAAAUACUACCAUAUGCUCGAGACGUGAGACUAAUUAACAUUUGGCCCGUGUUCUUCUAAUUAACUUUCCUUUGCAAGAAACAUUACCCUCACUGCUCCCCCACCUCCAAAACACACAUAGCCAACCCCCGAAAACAAGGCCAAUUAAAUGAACAAACUUUUAUCAUUUCAACCCCCCCCCCCCCACACACACACACACUACUCCUACAAACUCCACAGUUUUUGGUGACAGCUCCUAAUGAUUUCUUGAGUGAAAUACAGUAUCAGUGGGUUACAUGGUUUCUAGGAAGCCUUUUUUUCCAUUGUUAUGUAGUUUACAAAAAUGGGCCAACUUGGCUGCAUUUAGGGUUCGUCAACCAUUGCAAAUGAUUCUUCAAAUGUUUUGGGUUUGGUAAAACCUAAAACACAUUUUGCCAAGCACUUUUCCUCCUUAAUUUUUCAA